ACAACCAUGAGUGUGAAGGGCGUGCUUUUAGUCUUGGCUGUGAUACUCUGUGCUACAACUGUUCAAGGCUUCCCCAUGUUCAAAGGGGGACGCUGUCUUUGCACAGGCCCUGGAGUAAAAGCAGUCAAAGUGGCAGAUGUUCAGAAAGCCACCAUAAUUUACCCAAGCGGCAGCUGUGACAAAACAGAAGUGAUUAUCACCCUGAAAGCACAAAAAGGACAACGAUGCCUGAAUCCCAGAUCCAAGCAAGCAAGACUUAUAAUCAAGCAAAUUGAAAGAAAGACUUUAAGAAAUCAAAAUGUAUGAAGUUCUGGAAAAGAGGAUUUGAAACUCCAAAACAAGUUUAACUGUGACUGCUGAAAUAAGAAUUCUCCUGCCUAAAUUUCUCCUGCCUAAAGCAAUAUACAUUCUGCAUUUCUGGAAUGAUGAACCUUCUAAGAGAUUUGAUGUUUAUAACCACUCUGUUAUGACUAUGAAAAUAUUCCUGGAAACAUCAUCUGUACUUGGUUCAUAUGACCGUAUCUGUGGUUACACUGAAGAUAUUAUUAUUGCAGCCAAGUCCUUGCAAGUGAAAAGUACCCGUGUAGGGGUCAGCAUUGUGGCCCAGUGCAUUUAGCAGUAUCAGAGUGCCAGCAUUCCAUAUUGGAGCUCUGGUUUGAGUCCCGGUUGCUCUGCUUACAAUCAGGCUCCUUGCAAAUGUGCUUGGGAAAAUAGCAGAAGAUGGCUCAAGCACUUGGGUCCCUGCUACAUAAAUGGGGAACCCAGGUGGAGUUCCUGACUCCUAACUUCAGCCUUGCCCAGAUUCAGCUUUUGUAGACACUUGGAGAAUCAACCAGUGG